AUGGCAGUAAGAGAAAACGUUAUUCAAUCCAUGGCUCAAAUUAGACUCUUGUAUCUGGUGCAUGCCAAUGGCAUUUGUGCAGGUUACUCUCUAUUUUUAGCUGUUAUUGCUGCUAUGCCACGCCCUUCCACUAUGCCUCGAGUGCUAACAUACAUAGUUCUAGCUGCUGGAGUAGUGUCAACUGAGGUUUUGUACCUAGCAGAGAAUGGAAACACUACCACAACAUGGAGCUCAGCCUGUGGAUCAUUUGGUCGAUUCUGUAACAAGGUGACAGCAUCAAUUGUUAUCACAUUUGUGGCAGUGUUUUGCUAUGUGUUGCUUUCUCUUAUUUCCUCUUACAAGCUGUUCACCAAGUAUGAUGCACCAGCAGCAUGCAGACCAAUUGCACCCAUUGAGGUUGCUACUUUCCCUGGCUGACUAACCCC